UUCAGACAGGGUUAUGGUUUAGCAGAGGUUUGGGUUCUCUGACUCGUUUUAAAAAACUUUGGACAUGUCGAGGAGGAAAGUUCGUCUCACGCGCUCUGAGCGCACAGUGAGCGAGGACUCGGAUAUAGACAGCCUGCUGGCGAGCCUCUCUCCCGAUGAGGUGGAGGAGUUGGAGAGGGAGCUGGUGAUCAUCGACCCAGAUCCCAGUGUGCCGGUGGGACUCAGGCAGAGAAACCAGACCGAGAAACAGCCGACACGGGGCUACGACCGUGAAGCCAUGCUGGUUUACUGCGAGCGAGAGACCAAGAAACUCAUAGAGAGGGAGUUGUCCUUUGAGGGGGAGACCAAAGGUGAAGGCCAUAGACGGGACCGGCUAAGGAGAACAAGAAGCAAAGAACAGCGGAGCUUUUCUAGGUCUCAAAGCCGUGAAGCAACUGACCAGGAUGAGGCCAAAAAUGAACAAGCUCUUGUCACAGAGGAAAAAACUGUGUAUAAUAAUGGCAAGAAUGGAGAAAUGAAAAUAGGAGAUGAGGUCAAAGAGAAUUCUGACAUCAAAAAAGAAUGCAGAGAAACAGAGAAAGGGAAAGAAACAUUCGCAGAAAAGAAGUUAGAAAGAGAGGUAGACAAUAAAAAGGAUAAACUAAGGGAGGCAUCUCAGAAAGAGCGGGGUAGCAGCAAGACAUCAGAGCUCAUCUCCAAACUACAGAAAAAGGAUGAUAAUAAAGAGAAGGAGAGGAAGGACAACAGUAAGAAUGUAGAAAACUUGAGGACAAAAGGGUUGAUAUCGAAGUUGCAGGGCAAUAAAGAGGUAGAAAACAGGAAGAAAGAAGAAAAUGAAAAGGAGGGAGAAAAAAAAAGAGAGAAUCGAACCAAAGGACUAGUUUCCAAACUAGAGGAGCAGAAGAGCCAAACAGAACAUGGCAGAGUGUCAGAAAGGAGAAGCAGAAAGAGAGACCUGGAGGAUCCUGUGAUAGAGAAAAAGAAGGAAAAGGAAGAGGAAAAGUGCAGUGAGAAAAGUAGACCCUACCCUGAAAGAGAUCUAACUGGAACAGAUAAAAGAAAGGACAGACUGAAACGGUUGGAGAAAGUGGAUGAGAGAGAACUGGAGCAAGAAAGACAGAAAAAGGAAGAAAAAAAGCAAGAGAGAGCGAAAAAUGAAGGAAAGGGUGUAGUGAAGAAUGCUAAAAGUCACAAUAAUGUUAGUGAGACCUGUAGUAGUGGGGAUGACCGGUCUGUCAAAACAGAGGAUGAUGAUGAGGAUGAUUUUCUGGACAGUGAUACUGGCUCCAGCAUGUUUGAUGACCUCUUGGAGCAAGUGCGUAGUGAUGAUUCUGAACUCACUGAGCUUAACAUCAACAACUCUGAUGUUAUCAAGACAGAUACACUGAUCCAGUUUGCUGAAGGACUUCGCAGUAACACUCACAUUAAAACAUUUGCUCUUGCCAACACAAGAGCUGAUGAUCAUGUAGCUUUUGCCAUUGCUGGGACUUUACGGAACAACACUACAUUAACAGGAAUCAACCUGGAUUCCAACCUUCUCACCGGCAAAGGCAUUCUGGCUAUCAUUGAGUCUUUACAGCACAAUGCCACCCUUAAAGAGCUUCGCUUCCACAACCAGAGACACAUCUGUGGAGGGAAGACUGAGAUGGAAAUGACUAAGGUACUACGAGAUAAUACCUCGUUACUCAAGCUGGGUUAUCACUUUGAGCUUGCUGGGCCAAGGAUGACCAUGACCAAUAUCCUUAGUCGUAAUAUGGACCGUCAGCGGCAGAAACGACUGGAAGCACAACGUCUUGCCAAGCAGGAAGCUCAGGCAAGUUCAGCGCCCCCUAGUGAAGAGAAAAAGGAGCUUAUAUCUGACAUGCCAAAAAUUAAGCAAACUCCGCAGUCCAAGCCUGUUGAGAAAAAGGAAUCCAUACUAGCAAAAGUUUCCAAAUUUAAUAAUCCCUCUUCACCCCCCAAAGCCACUCCAUCCCCCAAGUCCAUGGCUGUUCCCUCAUCCUCCAAAACAAUGAAUAAAAAAGGUGGGCUCACAACAGAGUCAAGCCUAGGACCGCCAGCACCUCCUCCUCCUCCUCCCCCAGUGCUGGAUAUUCAGGCACUUCGGAGGUCAUUGACCUCAGCCUCGCAGCGCAAACAAGACAGCAGCAAUGUCUCAGGACGUGGGACACAAAAGAGUUCCAGAGAUCAGUUGCUGGACUCUAUCAGGAACUGCAACAUGAACACGCUCAAAAAAGUCGAGGUUCCUAAGCGGCUGAGGUAGCAGAUGACAGAAAAACCAGAAGAAGAGCGAGUCAACUUUAGUGGAUGUCCAUGAUGGCAUUGGAUCUGGAGUCCAAAAGCAAAUAAAGUACUAUUGGAGAACUUUGGUACAUUAGAGUGACGCUCACAAAUCAGUUGGAUCCUUAAUGCUGUGACAGAAUUGGAUUUAAAAAUAUAUACAUAUUCUUUAAAUUUAAUAGUUCAAUUGAGGAUGUGCGACCAUAAUGUUCUACAACAUGAAAAUCUUAUAAUAAGCACACAUUUUUUGUAAAUCAUAUUUUUUAAUUUAAUCCCCAUAUAAUGUAUUUUUGUGGCUUGAAGAUUGUUGAAUUGUGGAUGGUCACUACAUCCACUGCAAAACCAAAGCAUGUCUUAAAAAGGAAAAAGCCAUUAAUUACAAGUUACAAUUUUGUUUUGAAUGCAGAAUAACACUAAACUGUGCAAAUCUAUGAGCUGCCUUAUUUCUCCCCCAGCCACAUGAAGUUUAAGUUGAGUUCUCAUUCAGCCUAUUGAUAUCCAGUUACUUCAACUCAUUGGGUGGACAAUUGUAUCUAUAGCAACUUACAGUCUGCACAUAUCUGAGUAGAUUAUGAGUCUUUCCAAAGGUCAAAAGUCCUAACAGUGUUUCUCGAGCAAUUUUGUUCCAUUUAUCAUGAAGAAAACAUAAUAAAAGCUCACCAUCUCCAUUGCUGUACUUGGUUGAGAUGGAUUUUUGUUCCUAUAGUUUUGCUGUAGUAUAUUAAUGCUGCUUUUGGAGACAAAUUGUGUGAAAUUUAGCCUAAAUGUGGGUUUGAAAAAGUGACUUAGAAUUACUGUUUAAUUCUCUUUCUUUUCUGAAGGACUGAUGUAUUAUUGAAGGUCGAGACAACUUCCAGGAUAUAAAGAUAUUAGGCAGAGUUAAAUGUGAUAGAAGAAAUUGACAUGUCAUCAAGCAAAGAAUAAGUGCAUGUGUGUGGUCUGGGCAGUGCAUACAGAGGUUAAGAGUGUAGUCAUGUGAUUGGAUAUAGCAAACAAAGAAAUGUAAACUAAUUGGUUAUAUGAAUAGUGUGAUUUGUAUUAUCUGCAUGUGCAUUCCAGUGUGUGUGUGUGUGUGUGUGUGUGUGUGAGAAAAGAUAAAUACAGACUUCUGAGAUCAUCUUGGGGUCAAGCUGACUCUUAUAGAGGAUCAUCACAGAGUCUCCAAGACAACUUGAUAACUGGAUUUAUUUUAUGCUAAAAAGAUCAAUCUGGGUUAAGACACAAGCAGGAUAUGCUUCUUAAUAACAUUAAAAGACA